AUGGCAUUCAAAGCAAAAUUUUCUUUGCUAGUUUUUCUCUUAUCGUUUUUUCUUUUCUCUGCUGCUUCAUGUCUUGGUCAGAGAGAUCCACAGCAAGAGCUUGAACAAUGCAGGCAGUUGUGUGCUCGUCAGCAACGAUUCAGACAACAACAGUGUGAGCAACAAUGUCAAGAGAGGUUUGAAGAGCGACAAAGGGAGCAAGGACGUGAUGAGAACACUCGCGAUCCUCAACAAGAAUACCUACAAUGUCAGCGUACCUGCCAACAACAAGAGAGGAGCCAACAACAACAGUGUCAGCAGCGUUGUGAGCAGAGACGUAGAGAACAAGAAAGAGAGCAGCAACGAGAUGAGCAAGACCCGCAAAGAGAGUAUCAACAGUGCCAACCUAGGUGCCAACAACAACCAGGCCAACAACAACAAUGUGAACAACGUUGUGAGGAAAGACGCAGACAACAGGAAAGAGAGCUACAACGCCAUGAACAAUCUCCACAGAGGGAAUACCAACAAUGCCAGCGGCGUUGCCAACAACAACAACAAUGUGAACAACGUUGUCAGGAAAGACGUAGACAACAAGAAAAAGAGCAACAACGUGACGAACAAUCUCCACAGAGGGAAUACCAACAAUGCCAGCGUCGUUGUCAACAACAACAAGCAGGUCAACAACAACAAUGUGAACAACGUUGUGAAGAAACACGCAGGCAACAGGAAAGGGAGCAACAAAGAGACGAACAAUCUUCACGGAGGGAAUACCAACAAUGCCAGCGUCGUUGCCAACAACAACAACCAGGUCAACCACAACAAUGUGAACAACGUUGUGAGGAAAGACGUAGACAACAAGAAAGAGAGCAACAACGCGAUGAACAAUCUCCACAAAGGGAGUACCAACAAUGCCAACGCCGCUGUCAACAACAACAACCAGGUCAAGCGCAGCAUCAAUGUGAACAACGUUGUGAAGAAAGACGCAGACAACAGGAAAGAGAGCAACAACGCGAACAAUCUCCACAAAAAGAGUACCAACAAUGCCAACGUCGUUGCCAACAACAACAACCAGGCCAACAACAGCAAUGUGAACAACGCUGUGAAGAAAGACGCAGGCAACAGGAAAGAGAGCAACAAAGAGAUGACCAAGACCCACAAAGGGAGUACCAACAGUGCCAACGUAGGUGUCAACAACAACCAGGCCAACAACAACAAUGUGAACAACGCUGCGAGGAAAGACGUAGACAACAGGAAAGAGAGCAACAACGUGAUGAUCAAUCUCCACAAAGGGAGUAUCAACAAUGCCAACGUCGUUGCCAACAACAACAACCAGGUCAGCAACAACAACAAUGUGAAGAACGUUGUGAGGAGAGACGUAGACAACAGGAGAAAGGACAACGUGAUGUACGACAUGGCAACAACCCUUACUUCUAUGAUGAACAGAGCUUUAUUGACCGUUAUAGCACUCAAGAAGGUUACAUUAGGAUUCUUCCAAAAUUUACUGAGCAAUCAAACCUUCUUGGAGGGAUUGAGAACUAUCGAUUAGCAAUAUUCCAAGCAAACCCCAACACUUUCGUAAUCCCUAGCCACUGGGAUGCUGAUGCCGUUCUCUUUGUUGUGAAAGGUAGAGGAACAAUUAGCCUGGUGAGACAACAAAACAGGGAAUCAUACAAUCUUAAACAAGGAGAUGUUCUUAGAGUUCCUGUAGGUUCAUUGGUGUACAUGAUCAAUAGAGACAACAGUGAGACACUUCAAAUUGGAAAGAUUUUAGUAACCGUCUCUACACCAGGGCAAGUCAGGGAGUUCUUCAGUUCCGGUGAUCACGAACCCGAGUCUUUCUACAGAGUCUUUAGCAAUGACAUACUUGAGUCUGCUUUCAAUACACCGAGAGAAAGAUUAGACCGAUUAUUUGGACAACAGACACAAGGGGUGAUCAUUCGAGCUUCUCAGGAACAAGUAAGAGAAUUAGGCCGACACGCUUCAUCUUCAUCCGAGGAAGGUCACUUUUGGCCUAAAAGAGGUGGUCAGUCGAGCAGUGGACCAUUUAAUAUAUUGAACAAACGUGCCACUUACUCAAACAACUACGGUCAAUUAUACGAAGUUGAUGGCAACGAAUACAAGCAACUCCAAGAUCUUGAUCUUGGUGUUUCCUUCACCAACAUCUCCCAAGGAGGAAUGUUGGGGCCUUACUAUAAUACUAGGUCCACGAAGGUGCUCUUAGUCGUAGAAGGCAAUGGUAGGUUUGAAAUGGCAUGCCCACAUCUAUCAAAACAAAGCCAACGACAACAGAGAGGACGACAAGAAUUUGAAGAAGAACGAGAACAAGGACAAGGAGUUCAUUAUGAGAAAGUUAGCGCAAGAUUAUCUCCACGCUCAGUUUUUAUUGUCCCAGCAGGUCAUCCAGUAGCUAUUGUUGCAUCUCAAAAUCAAAAUUUGCAGAUUGUUGCAUUUGAAAUUAAUGCUCAAGGAAACCAAAGAAACUUCCUUGCAGGGAGGGAAAGUGUAAUCAACCAGAUGGAAAAGGUCGCCAUGGAGCUUGGGUUCAAUGUACCAUCAAGUGAAGUGCAAGAGAUACUCAACAAACAGAGGGAAUCAUUCUUCUUACCAGGACCUAACCAACGCCAACAACAAAGAGGAAGCCAUGGCUUAUCUAUUUUGGAUUUUGUUGGGUUUUAAAAAAUAAAGUUGAUCGAGCCGAGAAUAACCGAAGUAGUAUCUAGUUUUCAGUAAUAAUGUUGUUAUGUAUGGUUGAGUUUUGAGCUAGUUUUGCGUAUGUAUAAACGGGACUAUAUGUAUGGGUACCGUGUGUGCGUAUAUGUGAAUAAAUGAAUAAGGUCAGCUUUUCGCAUAUUUUCAAACGUAUUGAAUAACAAUCUAGUGGUGUUAA